UGAUAGAGAACAAGUGUUUGGUGGUGGAGAAGUGUUUGUUUUCUUCAGAGCCAUGAAAACUUUGGUUUUAUACAUUCCUGAAGACCGGAUUGAGGCAGAACCAGCGACUGAACUCGACUGUUCAGACCUGGAUAUCUGCCUCCAACGUCCAGAGAGCCCUCCAAUAACUCUGGGAGGAGCAAGAUCUCUGAGUCCAGUAGCCACCAUCCUCCAUGAAAAGGAGGAAGACGAGUGUAUGCCGCUGCCACAAGAAGAAGAAGCACAGCAGGAAGAACCUCUGCAGGAGCUGCAAAACCUGCAGCAAACAUGGCAGAACUCCAUCCAGACUGAAGAGCUGGAGGGAUUUAAAGACAUUGCAGGUUUUGCAGAAGAGAUGAUGGAGGAGCUUGGGGACCCAAGACCAGAGAAAAGCAUCCGCAGACGCUUCCUGAACUGGCUCAAUGAGGGCUUGGAGGCCCGUAUGAUGAAGAAGAUCGCAAGAACGUACCAGAGAGAGCUGGAAGAGGGUGAUCGCUAUUAUAGAAGCUCCUACAUGGCUCCACCACUCAUGACCCGAGCUCAAAGAGAGCGCCAAAAGAGGGAGGAGCUGAUCCAGCUGGACAACCAGAGACAGAGCAUCAACAAACGUCUGGACGCUCACUGGGAGGCAAAGAGGCGCCAAAAAGAGGCGCAGAGAGUCGAAGAGGAGGAGCGCUAUGAGAAAUGGAUGGUCGGACAUGGCUGGAGCGCCCCCGACUCUCCACCGGAGGCGCCAAAAAAGAGGAUGAGCAAGUGGGAGAAGAGAUUUUUAAACGUGAAAGAAGUCUUCUCCUUCAGAACCAACCGAAUUCAUCCUCAACUCCUGCCUGACCCGGUGGACACAGAGUGACCGAGAAUCCUGUUACUCUCCAUGUCCCUCCCUCUCUGUCUCUCCAUGUACAUAAAGACACUGUACAGUCUUUGUCUAUGUGUAAGGGCAGUUAGCGCUGGCACCAGUUUGCCUGUGUGGGUUUCCUGCAGUUCAAAAGUUGUGAUCUGUUAUAAUGAUCCUCUCUCUUCACCUGUUUUCUCUUCACCCUCUGUGUGAAAGGUGUCUCUGAGUUUGGCCUCAGUUUGGCCUCCAUGCAGGUCUCUGUGGUUCAGAAGAGGUUCAGUGGUCCAGGUCCUUCAAGCUCCUGUUGGCCCCUGGAAGUUGCUGGAAGUCUGCUCUCACU